AUGGCAUAUGGAGUAAACAGCACCCAAAUCAAUCUAUUGUCUAAUUUUGAAGAGACCCAAUAUAGGCCAUACAAAAUUGCUCAUCAAUCAGUUUCUCUUGAUGUGGAUAUUUAUAAUCAUUGCAUAAAGGGAUCAGCUACUAUUAUUCUGAUUCCUCUUAUUCAGCACCUGGAAUAUGUCACAUUUGACAGUAAAGGCUUAGAAAUAACAGACGUCACAAUUGAGUCAAGAAGGUCCGCUAACUAUAUAUAUGAUGAUCAACAAAGAACUCAGCAUGAGGUAUACCUAAAUUCUUUCAAUGACAACCUUUUACUGAAAAAUAACUCUGUACAUCAAACCGAAUUUUAUAAGGAACGAAUUGGAGAAUUUAAUUUUGCACCAUCUGAAGAAACAAGGUCGCAAAUAACAAUAAAAAUACCGUCGAAUAUCAAGAUAACCUUACAGAACACAGAUCUACUCUCAAAUUAUACACCAAUAACUCCUACCAUCAAAGGAACACCAGCUUCUCAAGAGGCGGUCUAUACUCCUUUGACAAUAAAAAUAGACUACAAUGUAGACCAGCCCACUUCUGGUUUGGUUUUUGAUACUGUAUCCAAAACUGAACCUGAACUGUGGAAUGUUUUUACAACUAACUCAGAAUUGGGCUGUGGGGGAUCUAAUUGGAUGCCAUGCAUAGAUACUUUAGAUGAAAAAUGUACUUGGGAGAUCGAAAUUAGUAUCCCAAAAACUGUUCAUGACCUUAUUAAAGAGAGUAGGUUAAGUGAAAGGUUAGCACGGAAUAAAUUUGGAAGUGAUGAUACAAAUACGUUAUUAUCCAAAGCAGCUCAAGAAGAGUAUGAUGUUGAAGAAAACCUAGCUAACGAGGAAAGUGAAAAUGAUAAUCAAAACCCAUUGAGUAGAGAGAUCAUGGUAGUUUGUAGUGAAUAUUCUACAGUGAAACAGCUGCUUCAUCCCACUGAUAUUAGCAAGAAGAUAUUUUCGUUUCAAAUUUUCAACCCCAUAUCAGCACAGUUUAUAGGAUGGUCUGUUGGUGCAUUUGAUACAUGGCAGUUACCGCAAUUAUCUAAAAAGCUUGACUAUGACGAAGAUUUAGAUGAGAUCAGAAAAAUUACUGAGAAUAGCAAUUCCGGCGAAGAUAAUAUUGGGAUUCAAGUCUUUACACUCCCCCAAUCUGAUGUCACGGAAACAUUAAUCAUGAAUAGCUGUCUGAUAUUACAGAGAAUUAUGGACUUCUACUCAAAAGAGUUUGGGUCCUUCCCAUUUUCAUCAUAUUCCCUCCUAUUUCUUCCGUGUGCUUCACAAAACACUCUAGAUUUUGCUGGAUUUAGUAUUUUUAACACCCGUUUGUUGUAUCCACCAGAAAUUAUUGACCAGAUGCUACCAACAACAGAAAAGCUAGCAAUAGCGUUGGCGAACCAGUGGUCUGGAGUAAAUAUCACUCCAGCAACCUUAAAUGACUUUUGGUGCUGUAAAGGUAUUGCUGGGUAUAUGCUUUUAAGGGUCAUAAAGAGCAUUUUUGGUAACAACAUGUUUCAUUACAAACUGAAAAUGAAUACAACCAAGAUCAUCGAGGAAGAUAUAGGGAGACCGCCAUUGGGAAACUCAUUCAGCCAACUGUCAUCUAGGCCAAUUUCAUUACGAUCUUCAGCUUUUGAUUUUAUGGAGUUGAAAAGCCCCAUGGUGUUACAUAUUCUUGACCGUAGAAUGACUAAAACCGAAAGAUCCUUUGGCAUGUCCAGGGUACUUCCAAAAAUAUUUCUACAGGCAAUGUCUGGGGAUUUGCCAAACAAUGCUCUCACAUCAUCCCAUUUUCAGCAUGUCUGUGAAAAAGUGAAUAAGAGUAAACUAGAGAGCUUUUUUCAGCAGUGGGUUUUUGGUUCAGGUGUACCAUUGUUUAGAGUUACUCAACGUUAUAAUAAGAAGAGAAUGGUGGUAGAAAUGGGUAUCAGACAGUAUCCUAAUGAUACCGACGAGUUCAAUGAGCGCGAUAAGAGUAAGAUGGAAGAUUUCUUCAACAAAGCACUAAAUUCACUUGAAGCACCAAAUGUCAACAAAACAUCUAUAUUUACAGGUUCGAUUACAAUAAGGAUUCAUGAUUCUGAUGGUACACCUUAUGAACAUUUAGUAGAAAUUAAAGAUAUCUAUACUAAAGUAGAUAUUCAGUACAACACCAAACAUAAGAAAACUAGAACAAGGAAAAAUAACGAAGAUGAGAAAACAAACGAAAUUAGAUAUGGUACUUCAGGUAGUGACAUUUCUUUUCUUGGGAAUAUACUUGAUAGUGAUACUGAGUGUCAAGAUUGGGGUAUUGUUCACCCAAGCACUGCUGUAGCUAACCUUAGUGGGGAUGAAAUACAGAGGGCCAAUGAAAGUACUAUUGAAUGGAUUAGAAUUGAUUCAGAUUUUGAAUGGCUCUCAACCUUUUAUCUCAACCAGCCAGACUAUAUGUUUGCUACGCAAUUGCAGAGAGAUAGUGACAUCGAAGCUCAACUGGAGAGUGUUUGGUAUUAUGGUGAUAAUCUAAGAGAUAAUAUGGCGUCAAAAAUAUAUGCAUCUCAAUUGGUUCGGACCUUAAUGGAUGAUCGGUAUUUUUAUGGAAUUCGAAUUCAGGCUGCGAAAGCACUCUCAAGAUAUAUUUGUAAACCAACUGACAAAGAACAUUUUCUCCUUACCGCAUUUAAAAAGUUGUAUUGUCAUGAUAACUCAAAUAUUCCCAAGUCAAAUAACUUCUCCAGUUUUCAAGACUACUUUCUUCAGAUGUCCUUCCCAUCCUUAAUUGCUGAAAUUAAAGAUCAUUACGGUGACACACCUGACUAUAUUGGAGAUUUUCUUCUCGACAUCCUGAGUUAUAAUGACAACUCUGAAAACUCUUAUUAUGAUACUUACUACUUGUGUGAGAUUUUUGAAUUCACUGUCAAUUGUUGUAAUGGCGGAAACAGAAACCAUGUAACAAAACUUAUGGAACAAAUACGAAGAUAUGAACAUUUAGAAUAUUGGUCUCCUAGCUAUAAUUUAGCCCUAACAUCAAAACUUAUAGAAAUUAAAUGCAGGCUACAUACAAAGGGAAUAUUACUUUUUGAGCCAAUUGAUUAUGAAAUUUUGACCCGACUAGCUGGAGAAAGAUGGAUGGGUGAAUCCCUGAUCUGUUACUCAAACUUCGGUAUCGCAAAGGAUUUUCAUAAUAAAAUUAACCCGGUUAGAAUAUCUACUUUUGGUGGAGAUAAGGUUAUACAUUUCAGAGAAGGAACACAAGAUGCCUCACUCGCUGCAAUGAAAAGUUUACUGGUUUGCUGCUCUUUGAAAAACCAAGAUAUAUUACAGCUCUUUGCUAUGUUCCUUGCAUUUGAGAAAGAUGCGUAUCUCAAAGAGGGUUUUGUGCAUUCAUUCAUCUUUGCUAUGAAUACAUGCAUAACGACAAUGAAAAACCAGGAUAUAAUUGAUGAUUUUAAAGAAAUUUGUGAGUCAUGCUGCCCAGAAGAUAAUAUUGAGCAAUUAAGUGACGAAGAAGAAUUAUCAACCAUGCGUGUAGUAGAUGAUUUUGCAGAAGAAAGAACGGAGAAGAGAAAGAGGGCCUUCAAAAGCGGAAUCUAUGGUGUUCUUCCCUGGUUUAUACAUCAAUUUGAAUCAUACUUACCGUUACAAGAAAUUUUAUGGGAAGUUUUGCAUAAUCCAUUGAUUACAACCUACCAAAGAAAGGUACUAUUUGAUAUUGUCAAUAUCAUGUAUACUCAAGAAGACGAGUACAAAGUAACACUAUCAUUACCUCGAGCUAAGAAAUUGACCGCCACAACAUUGGAAGAUCAUAAAGUUGUAAUUAAGAGAAAAGGUGCUCUUAGACUUCAUAUCAACACAAAUGCAGCUUCAUAUAACAAAAGUUCUAAUGCACCUACAUCUAAUAAAAUCAAACUGAAAACCGGAUCAAAGCCAAAUAUUUCAAUCAAUACCAUCAAAAACUCCGUCGUAGCUUCAAAACCGGCAAAGAAAGCAAAGAAACCCACAAUCAAUAGGGUAGGUUUACUUCCCAUUCGAUUUGUUAAAAUUAGCGGUGAGAAUGUAGAACUUUCGUCUGUUCCCUUCAGCAAGAAUAUUGAAUUCUUAAAGGUUAACAAAAGGACAUUUCAACUUAAAAUAAAGACCAAACCAAAGAACCAAAUAUAA